UAGAGGCAGUUUUAGACGGCUACAGUAAAAAUGGCAAGAUGAGAGUGACAGUGAGAAGAGUUGUACUUGUAGCGGUCGGCAUCUACUGUCUCCUGACCUUCUACACGGCUUAUAUCCUACUAUCCAGGAACUGGAAGGGCGAUGUAGAUAAAACUAGUCCUCACGGAAAAGAGAAGUUACUUGUACCAGACCAGGAGACCAUCAACAGAAGAUCCCAGCAGAAGCGGGGUGAGGAUGAGUGGAACCCGUGGGGGGAGGAGUUUGAGAAGAACAGGAUCAAGACGGUCGCUCCCAAGAAGAAGGAAGUCAGCUGGGACUGGAACAAGGACUUGGACUUCGGCAAGAAGUUCAACAAGAAGAAGAACUCUACAGACGACGAGUUUGAGAUUGAAGUGUGGGGAAAAGCUGCUAUUGGUCUCUACCUCUGGGAGUUUAUCUUAGGAGGCACCCUGGAGGAAAAAAUGGGAGGAAUCUGGACUUAUGGUUUCAAGAGAAUCUACAAAUUGAAGUUCAAGUUCCGCACAGGACCGGGAGUUAUUCCAAGUAAGGCGCCACACGACACCAGAAACCUCAUCCUGGUUCUGAACGGCCGAGAACAGUCCAAGAUCGAGUUUGCCACCAUCUGGCUGGACUACCUACCCUCCUUCCCCUAUCUGCAGAAUGUGGCGGUCUUCCUACUAGGCAACGAGCAGUGUGAUAAUGACUGGAUCAAACCAUAUCUGAAGAGAAACGGGGGGAUGGUGGACCUACUGUUUGUGGUGUAUGACAGCAAGUGGGUGGAUGAUGAAGUUGUGUUCCAGUGGCCACUUGGGGUGGCAACGUACCGUAAGUUUCCCAAGAGAGACAAGGAUGACUUCCCAGUGAACAGUAUCCGACCUUACCUGUGUAACUUUGUGGGGACAGUCUACCCCAACUCCUCCAGACAGGGACUCAUGGAGGUCAUCAACAAACUGGACCUGCAGAAGGAAUGUUUCGUCAAGGCAAGAGAGGAAUGGAGUCCAGACGAGUCCCCAGAAACCAGACAACAGUACGUAAAAGCCCUGUUACAAAGUGACCUAACCCUGAGCCCUGUUGGACAGAACACGGAGUGUUAUCGUAUCUACGAAGCCUGCGAAUACGGCUCUAUACCAGUCAUAGAGGACAACAUGACUCCCGGCUCUUGUGGCAACAACGAAAAAUACAACAACGCGCCGCUAAGACUUCUUAAACAGCACAAACCACCUUUUAUCUUUAUAAAAGACUGGAGCGAACUUCCGACAGUUUUAGAAGAACACAGAAUGUUGUCACCACAGGACAAAGUGGUCAGGAGAAGAAAAGUUCUCGAGUGGUGCGACAAGUUCAAGGGCAAAAUGAAGGAUCGGUUCCUCCGUAUAAUAAACCAGAAAUUCUUCCCGAAGAAAAAGCAACCUUGACGUACUGGGAUAUUCUCUGGGUUGAAGAGUAAAGAAUAUAUUUGAAGAUAACGUUUCAAUGUUUACCUUCAAGACCUCAAGCCAUAUAUAUAACCCACCCAGGACACUAUGUGAAGCAAUAAGGAUGGUGACAGCAUUAAGAAGUACUUACUAUAUUCCAGAAGAAACUAUAUGAUGUCUGCCAAUACACUGUCAACAACUAGGCAUCAACUGGUAAGAGCAGGGCUGGAAAUACUGGGUGCAUGUGCACCUUAGUGCACCCAAAAUUAGAGCUGUGCACCCAAUUU